AUGGCGGAGGACGAGUCGGGGUUUGAGGAGAGCGAUGAGGAGGAGUUACCUUCUUUAGCCUCUCUGAUGUGGUCCCCGCCGUCUCCUGUGUCACCGCCUGGCGACUUAGACCCCUGUCCGUCCUCAUGUCCCGCUCCCGAGUUGGGGGCGGCGCCGGUCGUGGUGGUGAGCAGUGGGAGCGAAGAGGAGGAGGAGGAGGAGGAGGUGAUGGAAAUCGGCCCUCUGUCUGAGAGGAUCAAGAGGAGGGUGGAUAUGAAGAAGGAAGCGGCUUUUGAGAGCCUACAGCCGGGUGGUGGGGAUGCAAGAGAUGGUCUGUUAGCAUCUAGCAGCGGAGGGCCGCAGGGAGACCUGGUGUCUUGUGGCAGCCAAAAUGGCACCCCUGGUGCUGAGAGGCCUUCCUUGUGCCCACUGCCAGUCUCUUGGUCUGACUCCUCAGACUGGCCUAGUAAGUCUCCGGUAAGCGAAGCAGGUCCAGAAACGUCCCCCCCUCCCAAGAAGUCAAAAUAUAGUCAGAAAGAAAGGGGGGUGAUCUGCCAGGCUGCGUGGCAGAAAAGGAAGGAGCGAGAAGCACAGAAGAGGCAGCAGGAGCAGGAGAAAGAGAGGAAGAGGGCCCUUGCCAAGGUGCUGAAAGCUCAGCGACGAGGGGAGUGCCAGAAAUACAUAACUGUGGUGCUAGAUGCAGUUCUCUUACAGAUAGAUGGUGGUGGAUACAUCCUUAGUGCUUUGCAGGAUGCAAAUUAUUCUUCUCUGGUUGAGAAUCAGGCUGUUCCCUGCAGUAUCACCUGGAGGAGAAAGCCUGUGUCAGUUGAGAUGGGGGAAGGACAUGGAUGGACAGAGGAACCAAACAUCCUGGUUCUGGUUCGCUUGGAGGAGUUUUUGUCCAUGGUUCACAACUACAAACAAGAGGCGAAGGGCAGUACAGAGGGACAGAAGGAGACCCUGCGGAGCUACGUUGAUCAUGUGUUGGAGAAAAUGCCUGGGAGAAUUCUGGCACUGGCAGUAGUUGGAGUAGAAAAAUAUUUCAGGUCUCGCAAAGCUCAGUCAAAAAAGAGUCUGCAACAGGCAGCAGCAAGUGGAAACCAAGAAGGGGAACAGGGAAAACAGAGAAAAUGGAAAGUGAAGGAUUCUGGCCUGGAGAUAACCAGAACGCACGUGGAAGAAGCCUUGGUGGAUCUACAGCUGGACUGUCAAGUCCAAGUCAGCUUUUUUGUGAGCUGGGAGGAGCUCGGAGAAUUUGUCACUAUGUUCACAAAAGCUGUAGCUGAAGCACCAUUCAAGCGAGAGCAAGCAAAGAAGGGGUUCCCUUUCUACCUGGAGAAGAAGUGGUGUGGAGGGGUGAAGGUGGAUCGUUCUGGAAAGCACCUCUUUGAAGUCUGGAAAAGGCAGAUGCAGCAAUUCAACCGGGUCAGCCUCGAGGUAGCUGAGGCCAUCGUGUCUGCAUACCCUUCUCCUCAGCUCCUGAUCCAGGCCUACAGCAGAUGCUCCUCGGAGCAGGAGCGGGAACAGCUGCUGGCCAAUAUGCUCGUGCAGCGUGGUGAGGGUGUGACAGCCACCUCCCGGCGGAUCGGACCAGAACUCUCCCGGCGGAUCUACCUGCAGAUGACUUCCCCUGAUCCUGACCUCUACUUGGAUUUCACUGGGUAG